AUGACCACAACACCUCCUCCGCCAUCACCAUCAAGCCUUCGGACUCCCUCAGCGCCGCUACACGGCGCUGGCUAUGACCAAUAUGAUCCAUAUCCUCCUCGGAAAUCAACCAGACUAGCGAACCAACGCGCUGCCAAAGAGCUGGAAAAGCUCCCAGAACCGGCCGGCUCAAAAAUGCCAAGCAAAUUCUGGGCUAAGCGUGUGCCAAAGCAGUACCGAAAGUUUGACCUUGAGACCUCUUCGGAUUCAGACGAAUUUAUCCCUGGUCAGCAGCUGGAGGAUCCAUUCUUGGAUCGUGGAUCAAGCCAUGACGCUUUCAUCUCGCCUCAGCGGCAAUCCGCUUCAGCUCUUCGGGCCCGCGCAGAAGCCCCUCAGGGCCUUCUCACACCUGCUAAAACCCCGUCGAAGCGGAAGAUCCAAGGGAAUAUGUCGUCAACAUCUCGAACGCUGUUUCCCUCAUCCGGAAGAGUGACGGCUAAGAAGCCGGCUCCAUUUUCGCUUGAAAGCUUUGAGACUUCGUCUUCUGAGGAGAUUCAAAUCUUCACUGACUCCCGCGACCGUGUGCCAGUCGCACGUCCUUCUAGAGACAAUCCCUUUGCUUCCCGAUUGUCUGAUGUUUCCAAGACCAAGAACCCCAUCAAAGAACCCGCCAAGACAAACAUCGAAUCUCGCCCAACUCCGGAGACUACAGUGUCCGCUAGCAUGUCGCGCACUCGCAGCGAAAGACACCGGUCAAACAUGUCAGAGAAUAAAGUCUUUUUGCCGCCUCGACGAGAUGGAAUGACGAUGAUGUUCCGUGGAAAGAGGGUAUUUACCAAAUUCGAAGACUCGGAGGAUGAGGACGAGGAUGAUGAUGAUGACUUCCUGGGUCUUUUCGCCUCUCGCGCCGACCUGCUCGCAGCCGACCCAACUGCCUUGGAUCGCAAGCCACUCAGCCGUCGCGAAAUCAAACCGCGGCAAUUGUUCCCUUCCGCCGCAACCGGCGUCUCUAAGGACGAAGAGGAGGCGGCCACCGAUGACGAAGGUGUGCAGGAACCCGACACGAAGCAGCAAUCUGUCGUGGAUCAUUCGGUCGAUACAAAAGAUGUCCCCGAGUCGCUCGAGUCACCCCAGGCCCCUGUCGCCACUCGUCUUCUUCGGUCCAGCGCGCGCUUUGCUUCUCAAACUGAGCAGGCUUCGAGUGGUAAAAGUGCUGUAGACACCAAGAGGAAACGAAUCAGUCCCUUCGAUCAUUGGCUGCGUAAGAAGCAGGCAAUUGAGGAAGUGUCUGCCUCUCUUCCACCUGCGAAGAGAGAGGCCGACUAUUCAGGCGACCAGAUAACUCCUCCAAGCGCCAAGAAGACACGCAGUACCCGAGGCAGUGCUUCGGUUGACCCUGCUGUUUAG